AUGGCAGUUGUCAGAACGACUGAGCAGCGAUAUGACCACAAUGCUAUUGAUGCCAAAUGGCAGCAGCGCUGGCUCGAGGGCGGCGCCCACAAGGUCAACGACGACGACCCGCGCCCGAAGUGGUAUGAGCUGACGAUGUAUCCUUACCCCUCGGGUGACCUCCAUGUCGGUCACUGGUAUGCGAUGAGUCCAUCUGAUGCUCAUGCGCGCUUCCGUCGCAUGCAAGGUUACAAUGUGCUUCACCCAAUGGGCUUUGACGCAUUCGGGCUGAAUGCUGAGAACGCGGCCAUCCAACGUGGUAUCCAUCCCUUUAGGUGGACGACAGAGAACAUGGAGAACAUGCGGCGUCAGCUCCGCAGUAUGGGAGCGAUCUACGAUUGGGACCGAGAGGUCGUUACCUGCGCCCCAGAGUACUACAAAUGGAAUCAGUGGUUUUUCCUCCAGUUCUACAAGAGCGGACUGGCAUAUCGUGCCUACGCCCCAGUAAAUUGGUGCCCGUCUUGUCAAACUGUGCUGGCUAACGAACAGGUGAUAAAUGGCCUCUGUGAGCGCUGCUCGACCACGGUCACGCACAGGGACCUCAACCAGUGGUUCUUCAAAAUCACCGACUAUGCAGAGGAACUUCUGGACCAUUCGAAGAUUGACUGGCCCGAUAAGAUAAACACGAUGCAGGAUAACUGGAUUGGCCGCAGCGAGGGCGUGGACAUUGAGUUUGAUAUUUCCGAGCAUGGGCUGGAGGAGAAGUCCAUCACCACAUUUACGACUCGCAUUGAUACGGUGUACGGAGUAACAUUCGUCGUUUUGGCGCCAGAGCAUCCUCUGGUCGAAAAACUGACCACUUCUGAACACAAGGAUACAGUUGAAGCUUAUGUGACGAAGGCGCGUUUGCAAACGGAGAUUGAGAGACUGGCGACCGACAAGGACAAGACUGGCGUUUUCACGGGCUCAUACUGUGUCAAUAAGCUUAACGGCGAACGAGUGCCCAUUCUUGUUGGCGACUAUGUGCUCUUGAGCUACGGAACGGGCAUAGUGAUGGGCGUGCCGGCCCACGACGAGCGCGACUUUAUUUUCGCAAAGAAGUACGGAUUGCCGAUUCGCGUUGUCGUCGCGCCGCCCGAUUGGGAUGGCGGAGACCUAGUCAACUCGGCGGAGUUCGACGGGUUGAGCAGUACGGAAGGCUGGCAGCGCAUCGCAGAUCAUAUCGAGGCGAGCGGCUGGGGACGCCGCACAGUGCAGUAUCGCGUGCGCGACUGGCUGAUUUCGCGUCAGCGCUACUGGGGCACGCCAAUUCCCAUCAUCUACUGCGAUGACUGCGGCGAUGUGGCUGUUCCAGACGAUGAUCUUCCGGUGCUGCUUCCGGAGGACGCAGAAUUCCAACCAACGGGCGAAUCCCCUCUGGCUCUCAACGAGGCGUUUCUGAACACUGCCUGUCCAGAUUGCGGAAGUCCCGCCAAACGUGAGACCGAUACUAUGGACACCUUCGUUGAUUCGUCUUGGUACUUCCUGCGCUUCACCAAUGCGAAGUACGAGGAUGGUCCUUUCGAUACCGAUAAGCUUGCUCAAUGGGGCGCGGUCGAUCAGUACACGGGAGGAGUGGAGCACGCCGUGAUGCACCUGCUAUACGCGCGAUUCUUCGUCAAGGCGCUGCGUGACUUAGGCUUGCUUGACUUGGACGAGCCCUUUGAACGUCUCUACAACCAAGGAGUUAUUCUCUGGUCCGGACCACGAGAAGAUGAGCAAAUCUCGGGGCAAUGUCAUUGCACCGGAUGA